CCCCCCCCCCCCCCCCCCCCCCCCCCCCCCCACCCCCCCCCCCCCCCCCCCCCGCCCCCCCCCCCCCCCCCACCCCCACCCCCCACCCCCCACCCCCCCCCCCCCACC